AUCCUUAUUGUGUGUGUUUCCGGGUCAAAGGCAGUUUAUUCUGUUUUGAAGUCGCGAGGCAAAGACGGUCAACUGUACAACUUCCUGAAUGCAGACAAUACGAACGUCCUUCAUAUGAGAUAUAUUUGAUCGUCAUUACUUACUAGCUAGUAGUUGUGUAAUAAAAUCGUGUGUGCGAGACUGGUGUUUUGGUUUACGUAUCCUCUAGUUUUGGUAGGAACGUGCGCUGGGUAAAGAGAAUGUUGAGGCCACGGUCACGAUCGCCCCACUAUGCUCACAGAGAUAGUCCGCGCAGGCAGGAUGGUCGGCGGUUCCCCUGGGACGACCCAGACUUCAACCCCCAGCAGGUGCUGGCUGACCUGGGCAGGCUGCCUGGGGAGGAUCAGUGGGUUCGCUUCAUGGACGAGAUCCACCCAGAUGGCCCAGAGGGCCACAGAAGACCUGUUUCCCCAGGCCUCCACAGGCUUGACCACCACCUCCCCCCAGAGGAAUUCCACCAUCGCAGAAUCCCACCGGCACCUCACGAGCUGGGCUACGCCGAGCGCAGAAGGCUCUCCCCCCAUGAUGGCAGAGGGGGUGGCAGGGGAAAAGGAAGCGGGAGCGAAGGGCUGCCCCACUCCCCUCAGAGGCUACCCAGAGAGAAGCUGCCAUCACUGGCCCCGCAGCACCCUCACUACAGUCCUGACCACCACCAGAUAGUGUCCUCUGCAGGCUGGAGAAGAGAAGAGCAGGACCAGAGCCAGGGAAGGUCCAGGGACCGCAGCCCCAGGGAGAGGGUUCAGGGUGGGGGGAAGGGGGAGAGGAGGGGUGGAGAUUUUCCAGGUCCCUAUGGAGACCGAAGCAGAGAUGACAUGCAUAGAGAGAAGAGCACCAUCUCUGACCGGAACCGGAGGGAAGCUGAUGAAGCGGUGCAUCCUGGGUACGGGAAGGAGACAGAGUUUAGGGUGCGCCGCCCCUCGUUGGAGAGGCCCCGGGAAGGGUACGGAGGAGGAGGGCCACGGGGGCGCAGGGGCCCCUCAGGGAGCCACGAUGGCCGGGGGCCUGGAACCCUCAUCGUGGAGCAUGACCAUGGUAUUAUAAACAGCAGAGGGCCAGAACUCUACGACAACCAGAGGGGCCGUGGCCCCGACCAGAGCCCAAGCCACGACCGAUUCAGUCACCGUCACCACCGGGCCAGAGCCACUGAGGAGCGGCUCAGGAAGUCAGGUAGCAGGUCCAAUACCAGAGAAGAGGCCAGGGGUCGGCUUGACCAUAAGGAGAGGAGAGGGCCUGUCCAUGAGGAGAGGAGAGGUCCUGUCCAUGAGGAGAGGAGAGGUCCUGUCCAUGAGGAGAGGAGAGGGCUUGUCCAGGAGGAGAGGAGAGGGCCUGUCCAGGAGGAGAGGAGAGGGCUUGUCCAUGAGGAGAGGAGAGGGCCUGUCCAUGAGGAGAGGAGAGGUCCUGUCCAUGAGGAGAGGAGAGGGCCUGUCCAUGAGGAGAGGAGAGGGCCUGUCCAGGAGGAUAGGAGAGGGCCUGUCCAGGAGGAGAGGAGAGGGCCUGUCCAUGAGGAGAGGAGAGGGCCUGUCCAUGAGGAGAGGAGAGGGCCUGUCCAUGAGGAGAGGAGAGGGCCUGUCCAUGAGGAGAGGAGAGGGCCUGUCCAUGAGGAGAGGAGAGGGCCUGUCCAUGAGGAGAGGAGAGGGCCUGUCCAUGAGGAGAGGAGAGGGCCUGUCCAUGAGGAGAGGAGAGGGCUUGUCCAGGAGGAGAGGAGAGGGCCUGUCCAUGAGGAGAGGAGAGGCCCUGCCCAUGAGGCGAGGAGAGGCCCUGCCCAUGAGGAGAGGAGAGGCCCUGCCCAUGAGGAGAGGAGAGGCCCUGCCCAUGAGGAGAGGAGAGGCCCUGCCCAUGAGGAGAGGAGAGGCCCUGUCCAUGAGGAGAGGAGAGGCCCUGCCCAUGAGGCGGGGAGAGGCCCUGCCCAUGAGGAGAGGAGAGGCCCUGCCCACGAGGAGAGGAGAGGCCCUGCCCACGAGGAGAGGAGAGGCCCUGUCCACGAGGAGAGGAGAGGCCCUGCCCACGAGGAGAGGAGAGGCCCUGCCCACGAGGAGAGGAGAGGCCCUGCCCACGAGGAGAGGAGAGGCCCUGCCCACGAGGAGAGGAGAGGCCCUGCCCACGAGGAGAGGAGAGGCCCUGUCCACGAGGAGAGGAGAGGGCCUGUACACGAGGAGAGGAGAGGGCCUGUACACGAGGAGAGGAGAGGGCCUAUACAUGAGUCCAGAAGAAGCCCUGAUCGUCAUGGGAGAGCCAGCCCCAUGGGCUUCCAAGAUAGAGGUAGUCCCACAGAGCCCAGGGCCAGAAACAGUGCAUUCCGAGGGGAGAGGGGGGCCCCAGCCCAGGGUGGCAAGAGACAGAUGGGGCCCUCCAUGAACCAGCCCCGGCCUCUAAUUCAGGGAAUGCAGGGGUACCGACCCCGGGAUGCCAUCCCCCAGCAGUCCCCUCCGGAGCACCACGGGUACCAACCCAGGGGAGGCAUCUGGGACAUGGAGCCCAGAGAGGAGGCGCCCGGUUGGGCAGAGGUGAGCGACAAGGAGCCCCGCUGCGAGAAGGACCGGGGACCAGGGCCGCGAGGAGGCCGUCCUCCAGCACAGGGCAGGAUGGAUCCUAGGAAACCUCAGCAUAGUGAUCUCAACCCCAACUGGAACCAACAGCAGAACGAUAUGGGAAUGCCUCGCAUGGGCGCCGGCGAGAAGGAGACGCUCACCAUCAAGGUGGACAUGAACCGGCCUGUGGGCCAGAACAGCCAGCUGUGCUACUCCUCCGACCGCCAGCUGUCGCUGGAUCUGGUCAACGUGGGCCGCCAGCGCCUAGACUUCCUGCCCAUGCUAGAGCAUUCUGGGACGUACCGGGAAUCCGCAAUGCACUCUGGGACUUUCGCCCAGGAGAUCAUCACCCUGGUGCACCAGGUCAAAGAGCAUUACUUUAGAGGUGAUGGUGUGACACUGAACGAGCGUUUCUCUGGCCCCCAAGAUGGAGGUCUGCCUGAGGAGGAGGAGCAGGAGGAAGAAGGACCAACUCUGAACAGGCUGUUCAACAUGAGUAUGUCAGAACCUGAUAUGGAACCUGUCUUCUCUAAAGUUGGCCGCAUGCAGAGGCAGCAGCAGGCAGUGAGAGAUCCCGGAGACCUGAGACAUGACCUGGAGAGGAGGAGACAGGAGAGGCUGGAGGGAGUGAAGGUCACCAUACCUGGAGGCAGGCUCUCACAGCACCCCCUGGCUGCCGGGAGAUCAGUGAUUACCUUAAGAAGUGGAGGAAGGGUGCAUUUUUACACCAUCUCUCCCUCUCACACACUCUGUCUCAGUGACCAUCAGGGGGGGUAUGGUAGAGAGGAAGACGAGGAACAGGAGGGCUUUUCAGGCUGGUCAGGCCCACCACGGAGAGGGAGGAGGUGGCCUGGAGACAUGGGGGGUCAGAGGAGAGGUGGCAUGAUUAGACAAGACAUGGGAGACCAGCAAAGGAACAACUGGCCUCCUAAUAGUCCUUGCAACCUGCCUGGAUCAAUGAGACAACAGAACCACAAUAUUAACGGUGCCAACUGGUGAAUGGAAGCUUGGAGCAAUCCAAAUGGAGUCAGUGGUUAACUGUUGAUAGGCUGUAUAUAUUAUAGAUCACACUGCUGCAGACUGACCACAGCCUGAACCACGACCACCUGACCAACUGACAUUCUGUACCACGCUGUCAAUGUAAAGCCCAUGCAAUGUAGCUGCUCUCCUGACAGAGAGAGUAAUGUGGUGGGGAAGUAAGGUGGCCAACUGAUAUUUAAAGAUGCACUAUGCAUAAAUUGUUCCACCAUUUCCUGGUUGCAAAAUGUUUGCCUAAUUUCAGUUUGUUACAAAAUGAGCAAGUAUAGUGUAGAGCAGGGGUAGGUAACCGUGCUCCUGGAGUCCCGCUGGUACUGCAGGAUUUUGUUCUGUCUAGGCACCACACCUGACCAACUGACAGGGCCGGCGGCAGAACUAUUCAGUUGGACCGGCCUUUGAUAUCCAUAGGCGUGGCAUGUUUUUUCCCGGGACCACCUUAUGUGUGCAUCCUCUUGCAUGUUCAAAUUGUAAUAGUAAAGACCAUAGGCAGCUGGUGAGUUUCAAGUUUGUGGAUGUUUCCAAUUUACCCUAGCAUUUCUACCGUUCUUAGUGCCAGUUAUGGUAAUUGUUUUAUAUGCACAUUUUUGUGCAACAGUUUCAUUUCAAUAUUUUAUUUUCUCAAUCAUUGUCACGUGAUUAAUCAUAAAAAUCUGAAAUAAAAUGAUAAAAAUGUCAAAGUUAAAAUUGAACUGAGGUGAGAGCAGCAGCCUCUGCCAUAUGAACACAUUGAUACACUGUGAUCCAUUGGCGGCUAAAGAAAUGAGCUCAUAGAACUCCGAGACAGCCUAUAGGCCAAUGCAGCAGUAGGCCUGUAACCUCCAUCUCAACUAAGUAAAGCUGACAAAUAAAAACAGUAGAAAAUAA